UGAUGCUAUCAAACCAGGAGGUGAUGCUGCCUGUCCGGACGCUCCAUAAGGGCUCGUUUAUUUGGUCGACAGGUGUCUCCAACAACAUUGUGCUGCCAGGAAACGGCACGAGGAGCUUAGGGAAAACACUUUGCAAACUGUUGAAGAGUUACAGCAGAGAGCUGGAAUGUGGACUGUGAUGUUUUCAUUCCAAAAAGAAGAAAGACGUUUUUGAUCUUUUCUUGAUCUUUUUGACAGAGUCACUUUUUUGGCAACAGAGCCGCUGAUGAUUAUCAAUCCAUGCACUUAUAUAAAAAUAGAAGUGCAUUUCUGCUUUUGAAAACAUGGCCUUGUCAACAAGAAGGAUUGUGGUCAUGGGAAAAACUGGAGCUGGGAAGAGCAGCCUCAUCAACACCAUAUUUAGAGACACUGUGUUCAAAAUAAACCAUACAGCUGAGUCCGGAACAAAUGAAUGUCAAGCAGAAACCAGACCACUCAAUGGAAGAAGCAUCACUGUGAUCGACACUCCUGGGUUUUUUGACACAAAGAGGUCUGAGGAGGAGCUGAAGGCUGAGGUAGUGAGGUGUAUCACAGAGUGCUCACCUGGUCCUCACGCUUUUCUCAUUGUGCUGAAGGUGGAGAAAUUCACUGAGCAGGAGCAGGACAUUGUCACUAAAAUGUGUCAAUAUUUCUCUGAAGAAGCUUUCAGAUAUACCACAGUCCUCUUCACUCAUGGUGACCAGCUCUGUGAAGGGCAGAAGAUUGAGGAGUUUGUCAGCCACAGUGAGGGCCUGAGUGAUCUGGUGAAGAAGUGUGGAGGUCGCUGUCACGUCAUGGAUAAUAAAUACUGGAAGAACAACCAACAGGGUGAAUACAGGAGCAACCAGUUCCAGGUGGCAGAGCUGCUCAAGACAAUAGAGAAGAUGACUGAGUCGAAUAAAGGAAGGUGCUAUACUAAUGAGAUGCUACAGAAAUGGGAGAAGCAAAUACGAGAAGAGGAAGAUCAUAUAAAGCAGUCGUCUCCAAACAUGUCACAGGAAGCAAUCAGAGAGCAGGCUAAAAGCAGUGUUUGGAUGAGUUGGUUGGCAGCAGGCAUCACUGCAGCAACACUGUUGGGGCUUUUCCUUGGUAGGAGAUGAGUGACAGGAGAUCGAACAGCAGCAUCAAUACUGCGAGCAGCAAAAGGAGCGUUUUCAUAGGAGACAGAAAGGCAGCAGAAGCCUAACAGUUAAUGGGGUCUGCAGCAACAGCUUCUGAACAUCAGAUGGUUUUAAGCUGCCUGUCACACUCAAGCACACUUUUUGUUCAGUAAAAAGUUUCAAGUAAAUUGUGCUGUCCAUCCUGAUCAGACCAAAGUACAUGUUGGACAUGCAAGACAUCGUCUUUUUGUUGAAGGCUUCAACAUGUGAGAGCACUGUAUGUUCAGCUUGUGUGCACACCACAUAUUAGUUACUUUUCUUUAUGUAUCAUCUCACCUGGACAUGUCAUUUAAAUAAAAGUCUUUGUGUUUUCUUUUCUGUUUGGUUCCUCCAUAACUUUAAGGUAACUUUGGAUUCUGUUUUGUGGGUGUAUUUUCUGCUGUGGUAUUAAUUAUUCAACAAUAAAUCAGUGAAUUCUU